AAAGUGGUGUUAAUGGGGACUGUGUUGCAGCAAUUGAUAUAAACACUGUUGCAAACGAUGUGUACAAACACAAUUUUCCACAUGUUUGUCUCAUGAAUCGCAAUAUUCAGUCAAUUACUGCAGAUGAAAUAAAUAGUCUGCAUAUAGACACUAUAUUAAUGAGUCCUCCUUGUCAACCAUAUACAAGGAUAGGCCUCCAAAAAGAUGUAUCCGAUAAUAGGUCUUCUUCAUUACUCUAUGUACUUGAACUCAUACCAAAAAUAAAAACAUUGAAAUAUAUUUUGCUAGAGAAUGUAAAGGGAUUUGAGAAGUCUGAAAUGAGAAAUGCAGUAGUAAAAUGUCUGAAUAAUUCCGAGUUUUAUUACAGAGAACUGAUUUUAAGCCCUUGUCAGCUUGGUAUUCCAAAUAGUAGACACAGAUAUUACCUGCUAGCCAAGAAAAAGAAUCUCAAAUUUUGUUUUGAUAAUGCUACAUUAAAUUUUGAUCUACCAGAGAAUAUUUUAAAAACUUUAACAAGGAGGAAGCAUAAAUUCUUAGGAGAAAGAUGUAUUCAAGAUAUGGAGAGUAAUAAGGAUUGUUACGUGUUAGAUAAAAUUUUAGAAAAUGUUGAGGAUGUACAGUACCUGGUACCAAGUAAAUUAUUACAAAAGAGAGCUUGGGUGUUAGAUUUAAGAACCUCUGAAAGUAGUGGUUCCUGCUGUUUUACAAAAGCUUAUGGCCAUUAUGCAGAAGGUACAGGAUCUGUGUAUUGUCCAUACUCGGAAGAAGUGAUUAAAGAAGCAUAUUUAGCAGCGAGUAAAUACAGUCGCGAAACGUUAGAAGCAUUAGAGAUACUAGAAAAAUUGAAGUUGAGAUAUUUUACACCUAGGGAAAUCUGCAGACUAAUGUGUUUCCCAGAAGAUUUUACAUUUCCUGAUCACAUCACAAAAAAACAAAAAUACAGACUACUAGGUAAUUCAAUUAAUAUAUAUGUAGUUAGCAGAUUAAUAUUCUUAUUGCAUACUGAAAAGCAAUUUGUAUAAAUCUAUACUACAGAAGUACAAUAUUUUUCUAUAAAUAUAGAAAAUACUGGUGAGAAAAUGACAGAUUCAAUUACAUAUUCUAUGUAAAAACAUUCGAUUUUUAAUACAAAUAAAACUGAUCUAUACAUAGAUAUAUGAUUUUA